AUGAUUGGGGAGGCGAACCCUACAAUUGAAAUUGAUGACAGGGUUACUGAAAAUGAUUCGACCUACGGAGAUGAACUAUCGGGUUACAGCGCCUCUCUGACCUCCUCAGUUCUCAAUUUUCGAAAGGAGAACGGCAGAACAUAUCAUGGAUACCGUGAUGGCGCUUACCUCCUGCCCAAUGAUGAGGAUGAGGCAGAACGACUCGACAUGUUGCAUGAAAUGACAUUGACCAUCAUGGAUCGGAAGCUCUUUCUUGCCCCGAUUGGCGAUUCCCCUCAGCGAGCCAUUGACCUUGGCACUGGAACAGGAAUCUGGGCCAUUGAUUUCGCUGAACAGUUCCCUUCUGCGGAGGUCACUGGGGUCGAUCUCAGUCCUAUUCAGCCAUCCAUGGUUCCUCCAAACGUGAAAUUUCUUGUCGACGACAUCGAGGCGGACUGGGUUUAUAACCAGCCUUUUGACUUUGUCCAUGCCCGAUUCCUUGCAGCUUCUAUGAAGAACUAUAAAAGGCUAAUACAGCAAGCCUAUAACAACACUGUCCCUGGAGGCUGGGUGGAAUUCCACGACUGGGAUGCUGUGCUAUACUCUGAAGAUGACUCUCUCAAGGAUACCGCUCUCCAGCAAUACUAUGAUGUUGUCCGCAAUGCAUUCAUAGGGUCAGGAUAUGAAUUAGAUCCUGGCCCUAAGCUAGAGGGGUGGUUUCGUGAGGUAGGCUUCGAAAAUAUCCAUGUUCAGAAGUAUGUGGUGCCUCUGGGAAUCUGGCCAAAGGAUGAACAUUUGGUGGAGACUGGUUUUGAAGCUUCUGCCAUGGCUGUCUUAACCCGAUAUGCAGGAUGGUCUAAAGACGAGGUCACUGUCCUAGUCGCGAAGGCAAUGAAUGAUUCCAGGAAUCCCAAGAUUCACUCAUUUUAUCAUUUCUAUGCUGUAUACGGCCAGAAGCCAAAGCCUAAGGGGCAAGAAAACGAAAACUAG